AUGAGCUGCCCUCAUAUUGCUUCAUCCUUAUCAACUCAGUAUAGAAAUACCUCUUUUGAUGGCAUACCGACAAGGUCAUCCUCCUCUCCAAGUCUGAAUGACUACCUCGCAUCACAUGGACUCUUGCUCACCAUGUGUUUCCCUAGUUCAUGCUCCUUUGGUUUCAACGCGGAGUUCUUCUCCGCCAGUUGGAUUCAACAAGAUCUUGGACCUCGCAUCAUUCCUUCAGCAUCUGGUGUAGGUCUCAUCUUGGAUCCAUCCCUCGUUGACAUCCAAUGCAUCUAUCCGACGGAUGCCGGGACUCUUUCUCGAGACAAGAAAGGAUGUGGUCCAAUGUUCUUUGACCCCCAUGGAGGCUCAAAAGGAGCCGCUUCUUACAAGAAACAUCCAAUCAAACGGCAUCUUGCUCAAAAAUUUCUCACAGACUACAAGAAUUUGAAUUUUGGACGCAAUACUCGAUGGGAAGAUAUUGAUUGCAUGGAAUUCUUUGAUCUCCCCCCUAUUCAGUUUCAACGGUUGUGGGGGUACACUGACGAGGAUGGCAACAACAGUACAUCGGUUCAAUAUUAUCAAUUAGCAGCUCUCUCAAAUGAGAACUUUGCUGCCAUCAUGGGGCACGAUGUGUGUUCUGUGGAUCUUGAACCAGAUGUUGACCGACGUCAGUUUCCAUUGUAUUAUGAUGCCAAGUCUUGGGAUCCCCUAGAUCUUAAAGAGGUCAUUGAUUUGGAAAUGGGAUUCAUCCAAAAUCAUACUACCAGUCGCGACUGGAUUUGGAACGAAUUCGUAAUCUCCUUGCCCGUCGAGCUUCCGCCUUUGGUUCUUGGAGUAUUUUAUGUAAAUGAGAGUUAUACUGGGAAACUGCACAAGCGUCGGGAAGCAGCCCAGAGGCAGGCCAAGACAUUUGGAGACCUUCCUGUCUUUAUCCUGCACAAUGAAAAGAAUUGGGAUGGUGACAUUUUUGAAUGUGACAAAAACAUUACCGAAGGUGAACUGACGAAAAGAACAAACACGGGUCACCAAUCCGAGUCUCGAGACGACUGGCAACACAUAGCGAUGAUUCAAAAACAUUUGGCCAGCAGAAGAGACCUGCGUUUUGAGAAGAUGCAUGUUGUAUCCGUUGUCUAG